AUGGAGGAAGAGCUCGCGAAGGACAAGAACGGUCCAACGGUGCCGAACGCGCGGUUGAUACAUGUUGACGAGGCGACCCUAAAGAACGAGCGUUUGGGAACGGCGGCGGGCUUCACUAUCGCCUUCGGGGGGGAUAACUACAUCAUGUACGUGCGCCCGCACUGCAAGAGGGCCCAUCGAUCCGAUGGAGUUGGCGACGUGUGCUACGACGACGGAAGUGCGCGAGCCAGGGGGUGGGCGAGCAAGAAGUGCGGCCGAAGGUGCUCAGAGAAGGGCACCGACGCAUGGGGGCACCGCGCCAUCAUCUUCCCGUUGCAGCCCAUCAUCACGAAGGGCAUCGCGAAGGAACUGAGCAAGAUUGAGCAACUUCAGGAACACAUCCCCGAGGACCAGGGCACGUUGGCGGUCCUGAAGAUGGCCGACAUGGCAUCUGUCAUGGGAUCACGCUGGACGGGUUGUUGGAGGGAGCUCGGCGUAGUCGUGCAACGAGGGCGCAAUACGCCCAUCAAACGCGUGCCCAUCGAGUCUGAGGCGAGGAUGACGGAGGACCUGCUCCGAUAUGCGAGUUCGCUCUUACUCCAAGACGCGUUCACGGGCAACUACCGCGCCUUCCGCCCGCCCGAGAUCUGCCCUACGCUGACCGAGGCAGUCCGCGACUGGGCGAUCGACCGCCUCCCCCCGUCGUUCGACGCCUCGAGCUCCGCGGGCAAUCCGAUGGCACCCCGGGCGGGGCAGCUCGCGACGCUGCGGGGGCGCGCCCGCGCCCGCCAGGAGGUGGCCGCAGAGGGCCGCAUAAGUGUCCGAGAGAGCGCAGUCGGGGUGUCCGGGUCGCUGCGCGCUUGCGCCCGCUCGUUGCGCGGGCUGCGACCGGCGGGCGCCCCCCCUGGCGCGAAGGCGCUCGCGCGCGGGGCACCCGCGCUCCCGCCCGGUCAGCGUGGCCCCGCGUCGCGCUGCGCCCCGCGGGCGCCCGAGUUGCCGGCGGCGGAGCGGCAAGGGGGCCCCAGCGGGGUCUUCGGCUUCGAGCCAAUCGAAGACGCACCAGGCGCUGGCGGCUCGGCGCCAUCCUCCGGCGGGGCCGCCGCCGCGGCCGCCGAGGACCCUGCGGCGGGGUCCGACGCGUCCUCGAGGGCUGCAAUCCGAGCGACUACCGCAGCGUCUUCGGCUUCCCCUUCGGCGCGCGCCCCGACCUGCAGGCUGUGCAGACAAAGUACAGACACAUCAUGCGCGUUCUGCAUCCAGACAAGCGCAGCGACAAGGACGGACGAGAUGCUCGCAGGGGGCAGGGAGGCGUGCGACGAGGCGGUGAGCGUCGUGCAGAGGGCGAUGGACAACGCCAGGCGCGACCUGUUCGGCAGGGAGGCCGACUGCACGCCGCCACCAGAGCCGGAGGAGUUCUCGGAUAUGCGGCGGCUUCAGGACCCUCUCUGAUCCAGCGCGAACGCGCCCGGCAGGCGCUGCAGCGACAGCAGGCCCUGCACGCCCUCAGCGAGGCCGUUGCGGCGGGCCUCAUCUCCUGGGGGGGGAACAUCGCAGAGGCACCUGCCAGCUGCAUGUGCGCGCCAGCCGUCGGUUGCGGAAGCGCAAGAUCAGGGGCACACGAGAAGACAGGGCAUUGGCGGUCGG